UUACUGUGUUUGGAGGUUAGGGGUUGAAGGCGUUAGUUUUCUCUUCCUAAUCAUCAUUCUUUUGUCCUCACACUGACUAAAAGCCUCAGAGCUCAACUGUCUGUAAAGACAACAGUAACAGGAAUUAUUCCUCUGUCACUUUCUUACAUAACACUUAUCUCGGUAAUUAUAAUGUGUGUGUAAUGUGUGGGUGGUAGCUGCUGUAUACUGUUUAAUUAGAGCUAAGCAACACAGUAUUAGAUGAGGCAGAUGACACAAACUGAUGUACCAGUUCAUACAUCCGUCAAACUGAAAUUAUUUUAUCUGUCUAAACCUUAAAACGCCUCAGUAGUUUAAAGUCAACAUGCCGAAAGUACCUUGAAAAGAUUAAAUGUACUCUCUCUCUCUCUCUCUCUCUACAUGACUGCGAUUGAAGCUACGUAAUGACUGAGUUAGAAGCCUCAGAGGUAGAGGAACAUCCCCUACCCUACAUGAUCUUUGUGGUGGUCUUCCUCUUCUUCCUCACUGGACUGCUGGGCUUCCUCAUCUGCCACCUGCUGAAGAAGCAGGGCUACCGCUGCCGCACCGGAGACAUGGACGACCCAGACGAGGAGGAGGAGGAGGAGGAGGAGAAGAAGCUUGGAGGGAAUGCAGAUGAUGAGGACGAGGACAACCAGGACACGGUGGAGCAGAUCCUCAAAUGCAUUAUUGAAAAUGAAGCUAACAUGGAAGCCUUCAAUGAGAUGUUUGGGAACCAAAAUGUAUGUGUGCGCCAUGACCCCAGGCUGCGUAAGGAGUCCAUUGGUGGUGUUCCUCCUCAUCACCAUACAGUCCACUCAGGCACCGACCACAACUCCUGCCACCUCUGUGCCCAGGUCCGGUCUAAAAAGGGCCGACGACAAAGCCGAACCCCCCGCUCUAAACAACGACCUGGAGAGCAGACUGUCUUCUCUGUUGGCAGGUUCCGAGUGACGCACACAGAUAAGAAGCUCCACGGAGGUCCUAAUCCAUUGGUCAGUUCAGGGGACCAGCUGGACCAAUCCCAGGACAGCGAUGAUCGGAAGGAGGGCGGGUACAAUCUAAGAAGCAUGUUCAAGGAUGUCCGACCGCCUUUAGAAGGCUCCAAUGGGGUUGCUCCAAAUGUGGGAAAACGCAGGAAGAGUGUUGGCAUAUUCGGGCUGAGACGGGGCAGCGACCCUGUCGGCAAUAAAUUUAGAGAUGGGACAGGCACAGAGAGUGGAGAUGUUAGAUUUGCUAUUCAGCAGCAACCUGUAGUGCUGGAGGAAGUUUUGCAGGCAGAGAAUAUCGCUCUUGACCGUGGUACAAAACCUGGUAUCAAACCUAAAACCGCACCCUCAAAGAGUCAAACGCUUGCUUCACCUCAACGUGAGCCUAAGACUUCAGGUCCUGUUAAUUCUCCCUCGACCCAAAGUAAGGAUCAGACCCAGGGCUCUACGUCUGCUCCUGAGAGGGGCGUUAAAGAUGAGCCUAGUCCUGAACCUCAUACCAACCUUUUGAUCCCACUGUCUGUUGGGACUACAGCAGCUCUUGCCCCCAGCUCUCUUCACAUCCCAUCUCCUGCAUUUAAAACAACAGAGAAACAAGGAGAUGUUGGGGGUAAGGUGUUAAAAAAUGAGGAGGCAUUUGAUCCUGGGCCGCAACAGACCUCUACACCUAUUGCCCCCAUGCCUGGAUCCAUUCCAGGUGUCACUCAUACUGGUCAACCUGAUCCCUGUUCCAGCACAGGUUUUCCAGUUACCCAAACUCCCCCUGACCCAAGCUCCAGCCCAGAUCUGGAAUCAGGUUGUGGUGCUAGCUUAGCUUUAAUAAGCUUAGGUUCAUCCCCACCAUCUUCAGUCUCUUUGUUACAAACUCCUAUGUCACCUGUGCCGUUCACACCGAGCCCUAAAAUUAGUUCAAGACAUACGCCAUCAGAGGAUGCCCUCACGCCAAGCCCCAAACUCCCAUCAGGCCGAGCCAUGUCUGGCCAAUCCCCUGUUCCAUCUUCAUCCUUUGGAAAAAGUGCUAGUCCAUUACAAGCCCGAACUCCCUCACCUGCUCUUGCUGCUAGCCCCAAACUUGACACCAUGCCAGUAUCACCACAAACCCCCUCUACUUCUCCAGCAGACCAAAACAUGUCCUUUGGAAGUUCACCUCGUCCAACUUUAAAGCCAGGAAUUGAGACAUCUGUAAGAUCCGUGGCCAAAGGAGAUAUGAAUUCACAGCCAUUUUCUCUGAAGGAACAAGAGCUGGAAAAAGCCGGAAUCCAAAAGACAGAAGAAAAAACUGAAAUAAUCAGGCCUGGGAUUCUCAAAACUGCUAAACCUCCACCAGUUCAGGAAGAUUCUAAAGGUCCUGCCCAUUACUCUUCCAUUGAUCAGCUUUCUAAAAACAGACUGAGCAGUUUGCCUUUGUCAUCUUCCAUUCCCCUGUCCCCCUCCUCACCUAUAGGGAGCGUAACAAGUAGUGUGACCAUUGUCAAAGCCAGCCCUGACAGCAAGAGAGAGUUUUCCGUUGUCACUAUGGUGGAAGAGAAAGAAUCCUCUACGUCAAUAAAAGACAAGAUAGGAUCAACUUCUGAACUCCGGGUUGAAUCCGAAAAAAUUAUUCCAGGAAUUAGUCCCAAACUUAGUCGGGGAGGAGAGGUUUAUGUUUCAGUUGUUGGACAACCUGAAAGUGAAAGUGGAAAGACUCCUGUAGCAGAGGUUAGCCCAAGGGUGUGCCAAGAGAAGGAUGAUAUGGUGGAGAUGGAAGAUAUUAGGGACUGCAAAGUGACACAGGUUGAAGAAGCAGAGGGGGUGGUGGAGGAGUUGGAGAAGAUGGACAACACUUGGUCAAAACAGGACUGCUAGGUGGUGAUAUGGCUGAGAGACCAGCUCUGAUAAUUCAAAGAAAGAAGUGAAGAGCGGCACCAUUCAGUGGACAAUAGGAAAUAAUACAUGUAGUAAUAAUACAAUCAAGCAAUUAUGAACACGCCUUAAAUUGAGAGCGAGACUGGAUUGGCUGAUUUGCUGUUUGACAGAUGUGAAAUGAUCAGAAACUCUUCUACUGCUAGAUUUAUGAUGGAUGUUGCAUGUUUUAGCCUUUUUUUAAACCACAAAUCACAUAUACUUUAUGUCAUGGCUGACCAUUUGUGAAAGAUUUUUUUCUACUUUUAUGGGCAUUUGCUUCCAUUUAUGUCUGACCGGAGUCUACAGCCAUUUCAGCAGCUUUGUGAGGCUGUAGGGAGCACGACCCAUAGCUACAUGCUAACGUCAGUAUACUAACAAGCCCACAAUGACAAUGAUAUCCAGUAUUGGACAAUGUGG